GAUAGCGGAACAAGCGAGCGACGAGGUUGCGAGCGGGUGUGGGACGAGGAAGGAAAGAUAAAGAUAGAAAGAGAAAGAUAGUUAGAAGGAGAGAGGCAGAGAUGAAUCCGGCCCGGGGAGGCAAGUUUUCGCGCUCGACGGCCGACGCUCCUCAUCCUAACGUUCCCCUGUUCAGUUCUCGUAAUUGCGUCGAUCGACUAGGAGGUGUUCAGUGGUCUCUCACGUCUGCCAGCUUGUAAUCGACUGACGUUCUCUGUAUCUCUUUCCUCGUUCUCCACGUGUUUUACCUGAGCCGAACACCAUCAUCAUGUCGAGCGAGUUCCUCGGAAAACGUUACAAGCUCUUCAGCAGCAAGAACUUCGACGAGUUCAUGAUUGCGCUUGGCGUCGGCAUGGUGACGCGUAAAAUGGGCAGCACCGUCAGUCCCGUCGUCGAGCUGACAGAGAAGGACGGGAUGUACACCCUAAAGACGACCAGCCCCUUCAAAAACACCGAAAUAAAGUUCAAGCUUGGCGAGGAGUUCGAUGAGGAGACUGCGGACGGCAGGAAGGUGAAGAGCGUCUGUACUUUGGAGGGUAACAAACUUAUACAGGAACAAAAGGGUGAAAAGAACACCACGAUCGAGAGGGAAUUCACGCCCACGGAGAUGACUGCGAUCAUGAAGGUCGAUGACAUAGUCUGCACAAGGGUAUACAAGCUUCAGGAAUAGGGGUCCAGUUACCGAAGUCUUAAGGAGUGCACAACCUUACACAGAUGCUUCUAAAAGCGUUCUCGGAACACAAUAUAAAUUAUCCUUUGAAAUCUCUACUUGAGCGUAAAUAAAAUAUAUAUUAUAAUAAGCUACAUGUUGUAAAAAAUUCAUGUCGAAGCGUAACUUAAAGAUUGCAGAAUAUAUGUUUUUUUUUUAUGGAAUUAAAACUCGCAUAUUUGAUACAUGUACGCAUCCGUGAAGUGGAUAUAUUGAAUGGCAACCAAAGCAUAAAUUAGCCAUCUGUUGUGUGCACAUUUUCUAUUUAUGUAUAUUACGUAUUACGUAAUGUUGUACGUAAUACUGUCAGCGAAUUAUGUUCCACGUACAGCAGUUGCUGUAUAAUCUUCUACGAAUGUUUGCUUUUUUCUACGAAUAAUAAUGACUAUGGAAAUA